AUGGCUUCGAAAAGGGCAAAAGUCGACUUUUCUGCUGAAGCCAUUUUGCGAAAAAUCCAAGAGAGAAAAGAGCUUUUAAACCAUAUAAAUACCUUAAAAGGUCAACUGGUAUUAGAGGAGGUUACGGAUAGUCUGAGAAGUUUAAAGAAACAUGUAAACUUCGAUGUAGUUGGCUUGCUCGCGUUUAUGUUCGGAUUCGACGCAAUUAUGUGGAUUAUGUUAGCAAUCAGACAUGUACCCAAAACCUUCGCGAGAUACAAAAAUAGUCGCUGCAACAUUAUUUUUACAAUAAUCGAUCACUUAUGCCCCUGCCGGUUUUCAGUGACAUUGGUUCACGAUAUUGUUUGUUUUCUGGAAGAAUUUGCGCCUGAAAGCCCUUUCUUGGGAAAUUAUUCUGCUGUUUUUGAGGAAGCCUUAUGUACCCUCAGCAAAAGAGAGAAAUUAAAUUUUGGUGGUUUCAUCGUGCCUCCAGUGGAGGACUGCUUGAGAUGUGGAUCCAUUUUGUCAGCUCCAAAUCCUCCGAGCAGCUGUACUUUGUAUACAAUCACUGGCCCUAAACAGUGCGCGAAACUGGUGCUUCGAUGUAAGGACUGCAAAGUCUCGUAUGGUCGCUCAAUGAUAGCUGAAGGCAAAGGAAACGCUUCCUACUAUUCUGAGGCUAUAGCCGCUGCUGAUGAUCUUAUUGAAGUGACCAAUGUUGUAUACAUGGAAAAAAGAUUAUACAGAUGGCUACCGUCCCUUAUGUAAGUAAUUAAAAUAUAGAUAUUAAAUAUAUACGGUAUUGGUAUAGACAUAGUAAAUUCAGUUUAAUUUCUUUGUAUGACGUCUGAUGACCACUCUCGAAGUUUGUUCAACUUGCGGUCAAAGAAAUUACAUUUAUUGCCUGCAUGCAUGGAUCUCAGCAAUAUUAAACGCAAGUUAUAUGACCUAUUUUCUUUUUGGCAGGAAUCAUUGUUUUGUUUCAUUUGAGGGAUUUUCAGUGUCCUAUAAUGAGUUGUUCAGUCGCGAAAUUAGAGAAAAUUUUCAAUCGGGUAAUUUCAUUGACAUUCUUGGACUUAUUACUAUUAGUUCAUUUCUUCGAAUAUAUAAAAAUACUUUAAUAUAGUUUAUAAUAACAUGAAUCGCAUUUAGAUGUUACAGGAGAUCAAAAUGACGACAAGCAUCAAAAUUUUGUCCCAGUUUCUCAGAUGGUAAGCAACUAAUGUAUCUAUAAUUUUCAAUAUGGUUGUCACUUGUCAUGUAAAAGAGCAAGAAUUCCUUGACCUUGUUAUUGUUAUCAUAUUAUAAAGCUUUCUAUUAUAAAGUGUCUCGAAUUGAACAUUUUUAGACCAUUAGUCAUGCAUGUUUAAAAAUUUCUUCAUGCAACUUUUAAAAUCUGUCGUAAACCUAAAUUAAACGUUUUAAAGAGUAAAAAAAUAAACUAUAUAUGUCCGUCUGUCUAUCUUUUAAAUCGCGGAAUUGAAAUAAACUGUAGAUGCUGUUAACUAACCAUAUAAUUAACUAAAUUUCAACGUAUUCAAAUAAUUCAGUGUCCAUGCGUGAGCGCAAGGUUGUUAUACGUUUACUUAUAGUUAUCUACUUUCACACAAAAGUAGAAACUGGACCUAUGGCUAUGGCUAUGAAGAUAAAAUUAUUAAAAUAUAUAUUGCAAUGAACCUUGUAGAAUUCCUUGACGGAGAAUUGGAAUUGGAUGAUGACAACGACGAGGAACCUGUGCACGAUACAUCAGGUAAAUUAUAGAUGACAAUGACAUUACUAAGACUAAUUAAGUAACAUAUGUGCAGUAUACGUAAAAUGCUCUAAUUACUCAUGGAGGAUGUUGUUUCUGUAAUCAUUCUGUAACUCCCUAGGGCCUUUACGAUGCAUAUGGCUCGACUGCGGUUGACGCCAUUACAGGUCAUCAUGAAAGUUUUUGAAAUAAUUUUUUAAUUAAACAACCUAGCUGUCCCCCAAGAAUAUAUCCGAUCAUGAUCUAAUGACAUCCUAGUAUUUCCAUAUGAUCAAUCUAAUAUCUAAACAGUUUUUCUCAUUUAAUUUAUCCUGGUGCUAGUGUCAACACUCAAAAAUUAAUUGCAUCCGCAUUACGGAAUGAAAUGUUGAUAUAUUAAUUUUAAUUAAAACAUAUAUACUCUGUACUAUACAGGGUGUGAACUGAACAGAUUUGAAAUUGCUCUCAAUUUCGCAAAACAAAAGUUGUUGGGUUGAAGAAUAUGUUGGGUUUUUAAUUAUUAUAAGUAAACGCAUGCUUUGAGGGAAAUUAGUGAUUAAAUGUCCCCGCAAACCGAGGAAGGUUUACUUUUACUAAACCUCCCGAGGUUUGCGGGGUCAUUUAAUCACUAAUUUCCCUCAAAGCAUGCGUUUAGUUUGUAAGUACAUGGUAGCCGAGCGAAUCGCGCGUGGUGUGUUGGUCUGAUUUGAAUGCUGUUUGAUUGUCUUAUGAUUGUGGGAUGAACACUUUUCAUAUAUACGUAAGCUGAGAAACACAUCUCCGUGUUCAUUCUUUUCAGGGAUUGCGGAAUAAAAACUGGCAAAUUGAUUGUCGGAAUGUGUACGGGACGGUGUCGUCAGAUACUGUCCGAUGAUUUUCGAUGAGGUACAGCUCUCCAAUGAGAGGUAUUAAAUGAGGUACGCUUUUGUCUUCUAAAUUUCCCUCAUCAAGCAUGCAGGGGAAAAUUAGAAGACAAAGAAAUCUUUUGUUUUCAACUAAAUUUCCCCGUUUCCCAAGGAAAUUUAGAAGACAAAAGCGUAUGCAUGGGUAAUGAGGGAAAUACGUGAUUAAACGUCCCUGUUGAAACAAAAGAAACCCAGUGCUACCGUGUGUUUGCUGUACAAAAUUUCAGACAAGUUGCUUUAGUUUAAGCCUUUAACUAUUCAUUUUCCCCUAAAAUAUCAGCCUUUCGCAUGCUUUAACCUUUACCUAAAUUGCAUAUUCUUGACAUAUGCAAAUUAGGCAAAGCAUUAAUUGCGCAUGCAAAAGCUGAUUUUUCAGAAAAAAUGCAAGUUUGCGUAUAAAUAGUUAACGGGCUUAAAACUGAAGCAAAUUGUCUGAAAUUUCGUGCAGCAAUUAAACGCCCAACACAUUUUUCACCCAUUAACUCAAAAUACGAAUAAAGCUUUUAAUUCUCGUGCGCCAGCCAUUUUUAGUUUGUUGGAAAAAACACACACCCCUGGUUUACAAAAUGUGAGUUGGAGAAAUUUUAUUCAUUAUUGUACAUUAUAAACUACCAAAGAAGCUAUAUAUAUCAAACACUGGAUACUAAUAGCUGUUUUGCGAAAUGGAGAGCAAUUUCAAAUCGGUUCAGUUUUUUUUAUACACCUUAAUGUAGAUAAAGAUUUCAUAUAUCAAAUAAACAAUAUACAUUGUGUAUAUUUUCUUAGAAGAUGAUAUGCUCAAUACUGCUGUGCCGCAACAAAAAUUGCCUUUGAAACACAAAGCUGAUAAAGGUAAAAAUUAUAAAUUAAGAUAAUUGUUCUUAAUAAUUCUGUAGUCUAAUAUUGAAUUUCAUGCAGUUAUAUUUAUACGUAUACUGUAGUACUAUGCGUGUACUUUAUUUUAGCUCACAUUCCUGGUGAACUUCACCGUAAAUCAGUUGCGAUAGCAUUCUGGGAAUAUGAGCUUUAUCAGGAGCUUUGUGACAAGGGUAUAGCAAGUAAGUGGGUAUUCACAAAAGCGCAAGUAGCUACUAAUUUGUCUGGUUCCAAAGAUGCUGCCACUAAAUACGUUGUGGCAAAUCAAAUUUCAAAUACCUAUGGACAUGAAUGUUUCAAAGGAUGUAGGAGUAAAGGUAAUUAAAACAUCGAAUCACUGAUAUAGUUAAAUACUUGUGUUAGUAAAUACAUGUGUUAGUUAAUAAUACUAGUAUAGUAAGAUUACAGAAAUCAUGAAUGAUACGUGAUUCUGUUUGUAAAUGUCUAGGUUGUGGAAAACUGUAUGUUUUAGAUGGGAAUUGGAAGCUGUGUUAUGCACACUGUAUGUUCCCAGUUCCUGUCACUAUUGUUGGAUACGAAAAGGAAAUAAAUUAUCCAAAAGUUUGUCCCCGGAAUCCAGAGUACAAGUCAGCAUUCUGUGAUAGGCAUUUGGCCAUGGUCAUGAGCAAAAGCAUUCCUACAGGUUUAAAGGAAUUUUUGCAGUAUUGCAAAAACAAGAAUAAAGGUAUAUAAAGCAUGUUGAGAUAAUCACGCAUGCAGACUACAAAAUUUCAUUAUUAAUAAUAAUUAAAGUUACAUAUAGGCUUCUUGAUAGCGCUGACCGGCAUAAUUCCAAAAUGUAACCUAUGUGCCCGACAUUUGUAGACCCUACUAAUCUACUGGAAGAUCUGGAAUUAGAUAUCCCUGAUUGCAGUGAAGAUAAUGCUGCAGUAUAUCAAGGUAUAGUAUGCCAGACGCUUCAAAAUAUAUGUGAUAUAUAAUAUACAAUAUAAAUUGGCAGUAUUCCAGCUAAUGGAUUCGUGAUAUCAGAUUGUGAUCCCGUUUAUAAACGUGAUAAAGAGAAUAUUUUUUAAAGUUUAGUCAGCUACACUUAAUUAAUUAGCUAGAGAAUAGAGUUUAUGUUGUUAAUCCCAAGAUACAAUUGAAGCGUCUUUUAUGGUGUGUCACACGACAAAACAUUGAUUUCCUUCCAAGAAAUUGCUUGAACUUAGUUUGAUAUGCAUUGAUCGAGGUUGUUAUUCUUUUCAAUUCUACUUUUAAAGGUACCAGGAUGUUCAUGGUAAAAAAUGUGAAAUUGGUCGAGGACUGUGAGGAGGCUGAAGUGGUGUCGUGCAAUAAAGAUACUGUGGGGAAAACACGCUUACAGAAAUGGUCAAGGGGAAUAUUUGUUAUAGCAUCAGGUGGAGGGCACAUUGACUACUGGCAACCUUUAUACAAGUGA